CUAUAAAUCUGAAGAAGAAUGGAUCUUGAUCGAAGAGAAAUGGCUUUCCUAUAAUGAAGGGGAUCAUAUCACAAAGAUUUUGAAGUUGAGCUUUGAUAAUUUGUCUCUGCCGUCACUCAAAAAGUGUUUUGCAUAUUGUUCCCUUUUUCCUAAAGGUCGCAAAAUCAAAAGUCAAGAACUGAUUGAGUAUUGGAUGGCUGAAGGAUUUCUUGAAGCUAAUGGAAGCAGUGAGAUAGAGUGCUUAGGCGACAAAUUUAUGAAAGUUCUUCUGCACAACUCUCUACUACAAGUUGCAGAAAAAGAUGAUUAUGGAAAUGUAGAGAGUUGUGUGAUGCACGAUCUUGUGCAUGAUCUUGCAUGCUCAAUUUCAGGUCCUUCUAAUAAUACAGAAGGCGGGAGCCGAGUGAGAUACAUGUAUCAUGAUGAAGAAAGUUGUAUUCCAAAAGAAGUGGCAAAAUAUUUGCGUACACUAUUGUUCGACGGAAACAUUUAUGGUAACAUGUUUGCCAAUUUCGAUAGUGUACAUGUUUUAAUCCUUGUAGAUUAUGGAUGUGAAAAGUUGCCAAGUUCAAUAAGGAAGUUGAUACAUUUAAGGAAAUUUGAUAUUUCGUCAACGCGUAUCAAAUAUUUGCCGGACUGGAUUGGUGAACUCCAUCAGUUGCAAACGUUAAACGCAUGUACAGGAAGAUUGAGGGAACUGCCUAACACUCUGAAGUACUCGAUUAAUUUAAGGCAUCUUUAUAUCGAUGAUGGUGUAGAGUUGCCUGCCGAGAUUGGGAGUUUAACUUCUCUCCAGACGCUCAAGUAUUUUAAAGUUGGCGACAAGAAUGGAUGCAAAAUCGAGGAGCUCGGGAGUUUGAAUGGUCUUAAAGGAAAACUGGAAAUUUCUUAUCUUGAAAGGGUUGAUAGCAAGGAAGUGGCUGAGAAAGCAAGUCUAUCUCACAAGUCAAAAUUAUUGGAUUUGUGUUUGAGAUGGGAUCAAGAUAGAGAAGUUGAAACUCCAAAUGAUGAGAAUGUGUUGGAAGGUCUUCAACCACACUCAAAUCUGAAAAAGUUAGUGAUUGAAGGAUUCAAGUCAAAAAGAUUUCCGUCCUGGAACCAGAAGAUGGCAGUUGAAAAUGUACCUCAAGGUUGUUGGGUACCACUUAACAAGCUGAUUGAGAUAAAACUCUCCAAGUGCUCAGAAUGUGAAGAAAUCCCAAUGUUUGGGCAGUUGCCAAAUCUCAAGUCUCUCUGGUUAGAAGGAUUGACAAAUUUGAAGUCCAUAAAUUCUUCUUUCUAUGGAUUAGUGAAUGAGGAGACACGUAUUGUUUUCCCAGCUCUUGAAAGGCUCGUGUUGCGUGACAUGCAGAAGCUGACAGAGUGGGCAGAAGUAGAACCAGGAGGUGCAAGUGAUGUGAAGGUAUUUCCUAACCUCCAACACUUGGAGAUCUCUCGGUGCAAGCAACUGAUAACUGUUCCUAAUCAUUCAUGGUCAUGCCUCAAAAGUUUGAUAAUCAAGGGAAGUGGGAGCGUGCCUUUAACAUACAUAUUCAAGACAGGAUUAAAGUUGCUAACAGAGCUUUGGAUAGAAGGAAUAGAUGAUCUGGAAUAUCUCCCAAAUUGGUUAUUCUAUAACAAUCCCAAUCUCUUGGAGUUAAUUAUAAUAAUGUGUACCAAUUUGAAAGAACUACCAGAUGGUCUAGGCACCCUCAAUUCUUUGGAGAAGUUGAUUAUAAGAGACUGUCCAAAUUUGGAACAAGUUGCAGAUAUUGGUGCACAACAAUCACAAGGAAGCCUCACAUGUCUUAAAUGUUUGUUGAUUUGUGAAUGCAAAGCUUUGCUGUAUUUUCCAUGUGAAAUGGUGGGAUCCUUGCUUGAGAAUCUGGAUUUGGAGAAUUUAAGUAGCCUAAAGAAUCUCCCCGGGAUAAUUGAUUGUCUGCCGAAUUGGCCCCGUCUAACAAUUUUAGUUAUUACUGGUUUUUCUCAAUUUAUGGCCCUUUUUGCUAGUACUAGGUUAAAAGUAGAUGUUAGUAUGGAGGGUUCUAUGGAGACCGUUGAAGGCUUAUUGCAAAGAUGCAACUCCCGCUCUCUUGAGGGAUUAGAAUUGAAAGGGAGGGAAGGUUGGGGAAAUUUGCCAGAAUCAAUUCAACAUCUCACCUCUAUUGACUAUUUAAAGAUAGAGAAUUAUGGAAUGGAAGAGUUGCCUGAAUGGUUGGGGAACCUCUCAUCUCUAAGGCAAUUGAAUAUAUUUAAUUGCAAGAAGUUAAGGAGUCUACAUGCACUGCAGGGCCUCACGUCACUUCGAUACUUAUAUAUUAAGGGUUGCCCGGAAAUACAUAUUGAAGAACAAAGUGAUGCAGCUGAUUCCCAAUGGCCCAACAUUUCCCAUAUCCGCACCAUAUGGAUUGAGUUUGAUGGACACAGAAUAGUUAAAGCGGGAAGGAGAAAACAGACUAAGAGUUUGAUGAGUGGAUGCCUCUAAAGUGUCCAUUUGAAUUGCUCAAACCUUUCUUCAUGUUUACUGGACGUGGAUACCAAUGUCUUUCCCAUAUUUCUGCUCAUUUUCAGUUGUGGGAAAUAGCAAGAGUUAUCCAUUGCUCGAUUUUGCUGUAUUGCUCUGCUCCCAUAAUGCAGAGAACGAGAUUCUGCUCUUUCAUGGGCUGAUUUUCAUCAAAGACUCGAAGCCCGGUGAGUAACUCCAGAAGAAUGAUCAUAUACAUCGGAUUUCAUUGUGAGCCGACAUGUUCCUGAACAAGAUUUUAAAUGAAAACUAGCAUAGUAUUAUUUCAGGCACAAAGCGCGGAGUACAACUUAAGAAAAAAGGAAUACAUUUGCAUUUUCGCACUUUAGAUCUCGUUGAUGUUUUGUGGUUUAAAAUUUCGUAGUAACUCUUAGUAUUUGUGUAGUUUAGCUUGCAUUUGAAUAUUGGGAUUUUGUGAAUAUGCAUGCAAGUUUGUUUUGGUUUAGAAAUGAGUAUAAUUUCACUCUGUUUCGUAGCUUGCUUUUAA